UACAUAGAAUCGUGUAGACUUGCUAGUAAAAGAAAUAAAAUAAAUAAUCGUCUGUUGUUUGUUGCCGAAGAAAAAGCUAAAAAAUCUAAGGGAAGCAAAAUUGAGGAAGAAGAAGAAGAAGAAGCCAUAAGAGAAAGAGAGAGAGAGACUCAAGGCAAAUCUUUCUAUACGCAACCUUAUGGAUUCAUGUCGUCUCUGUAUCAUCUUCUUCUUGCUGCGUGAUUGAAACCCUACGAUCAAGAUUUUCAAGAUCCAUCGAUCACCAUUGAUGAUGGAUGAAUCGGUGGUGGCUUCAUCAUCUUCUUCCUCUUCGUCUCACUAUAUCUCAAUUUUCACGAAUUUUCCUCUCAUCUCUGCCCUCUUAGCUUUCACCAUCGCACAGUUCAUCAAAUUCUUCACCUCCUGGUAUAAGGAAAGGAGAUGGGAUUUGAAAAGGCUUGUUGGGUCUGGAGGUAUGCCUUCUUCACAUUCAGCAACAGUUACAGCUUUAGCUUUAGCUGUUGGUUUACAAGAAGGCUUUGGUGGUUCACAUUUUGCUAUCGCUUUGGUUCUCACUGCCAUUGUGAUGUAUGAUGCAACUGGUGUAAGAUUACAUGCUGGACGCCAAGCUGAGGUUCUGAAUCAGAUUGUGUAUGAACUUCCAGCAGAGCAUCCUCUGGCUGAAAGCAUACCUUUGCGUGAACUUCUAGGUCAUACUCCUCCUCAGGUAAGGAAGUCAUUGCUGGUGGAAUGCUUGGAAUUUGUACAGCAGUUGCUGGGUACUUAGUCACCUUGAUAGGCAAGUCAGCUUAGGUGUAGCAAAAACUCGCCUUUUAUGCUCCAUCAUGUGUCAAAGCCACUGGUAGUUUAGUUGAAACAGCCAUGACAUGCAAAUGGACUAUGGAAACUGGUUUCAUUCUUUUCUUCCUUUUUGUUGUUGCUCAGCUCUUAUUAUUGACACCAUAGUAUAGGUCUGAUCUUGUAAGGAAACAUGAAACUUCAUUACAAAGUGGUAAAAGAAAAGAGUUUGAAGCUUUAA